UUCUUUCAAUUGUGGACAGUCCUGGGUGUGUAAUUUGUAUAAAAUAAUAUUUUAAAGGCUCAAUGGUGUUCUUCCAAAAUCUGUGCGUGUGAUCGCUUUUGCUCCAGUUGACAAGGAUUUCAGUGCUCGUUUUGAUUGUAUUGAACGUGUCUAUACAUACAUUUUUCCGAUGGCAAUGGCUACAAAUUUGAUGGUAUUUUUAAAAAUUUUUUUUAAAAAUUCUUUAAAAAUUAAUUUUUUUAUGAAAUCAAAAAUGCCUGUCAACGUCUAAUCGGAUCACACGAUUUCCGUAAUUUUUGCCACAUUGACAAAAAUACUGGAAGGAUUGAUAUGUCCUAUAUUCGAACAAUUAAAGAUGCUAAAAUUGAAGAAUUGGAAGAAAACAAUUUUUCUUCUUCCAAAGAAUUUAAUCUUUUAAAAUUAACAAUAAAAGCGAGCGGGUUUUUGUGGCAUCAAAUUCGCUGUAUUGUGACGAUACUUUAUGAGAUUGGCUGUGGAAAUGAAAAAGUGGAGUUGAUUGAUCAACUUUUGGAUGUUGAACUUUUUCCUUCAAGACCCCAAUACAAACUAGCAAACGAAUUACCACUUUGCCUAUUUGAUUGUACUUUUUCGGACGGUCAAUUGGAUUGGCAGUUUGAUAGGGGAACAAUUUGCAGUAUUAUUGGUAAUUUUUUGAAAGGAUUUUUUGAAUUUAUUUUUAGGAAUUUUACAAAAAAUAUGGGCUGAAC